AAAGUGAUAUAUGCAGUUAAAUGCGUACACAAACGUAUCAUCUAGUCUACAAACAUCAGGUCAGUCAGUCAGUGGCAAGAAAAAAUGGCGGAUGUCGAGUUGAACGUCGACAACCUGAUACAAAGAUUGUUGGAAGUAUACCACACGCAGAAAGACCAGGUUCAGAAGAAAGCCAAGCUAAAAGAUAUUUUCUCGUCGGAUUUUGUCGUCCGAGGAUGCCGGCCAGGAAAGACGGUGUUAAUGUCAGAGAGCGAGGUGCGCGGCCUUUGCCUCAAGUCACGGGAGAUUUUCCUUCAGCAGCCGAUCCUGCUUGAAUUGGAGGCACCGCUUAAGAUCUGCGGCGAUAUCCACGGCCAGUACACCGACUUGUUACGGCUGUUCGAGUACGGCGGUUUCCCGCCGGAGGCGAACUAUCUGUUCCUCGGCGAUUACGUAGACAGGGGCAAACAGUCGUUGGAAACGAUAUGCUUGUUGCUCGCCUACAAGAUCAAAUACCCGGAGAACUUUUUCCUGUUGAGAGGGAAUCACGAGUGUGCCAGCAUAAACAGGAUAUACGGGUUCUACGACGAGUGCAAGAGAAGAUACAACAUCAAACUAUGGAAAACGUUCACCGAUUGCUUCAACUGUCUACCAAUCGCCGCGAUCAUCGACGAGAAGAUAUUCUGCUGCCACGGUGGCCUCAGUCCAGACCUUCAGAAUAUGGAACAAAUCAAAAGAAUAAUGCGUCCGACAGAUGUACCUGAUACCGGUCUUCUCUGUGACUUGUUGUGGUCCGAUCCGGACAAAGAAGUUCAGGGAUGGGGUGAAAACGAUAGAGGUGUGUCCUUCACAUUCGGGCCAGACGUGGUAUCGAAAUUCUUAAAUCGCCAUGAUAUGGAUUUAAUAUGUAGAGCUCAUCAAGUAGUCGAGGAUGGCUAUGAAUUUUUCGCGAAACGACAGCUGGUCACCCUGUUCUCCGCGCCAAAUUAUUGCGGAGAGUUCGACAACGCCGGAGGAAUGAUGAGCGUCGAUGAAACUUUAAUGUGCAGUUUUCAGAUUUUGAAACCGUCAGAGAAGAAAGCUAAGUACCAGUACUUAAGUUUGAACACGGGUCAAGCCACGAGACCAUCCACACCACAAAGGAAUCCAGCCAAAAAGAAAUGACAGCCUUGUACUCGGUUUUUCCUUCAUUUAAGGAAGCUCGUCGACAAGGCGACAAAAUUUUUAUUAAGGCGCGAACAUUAAGAGCAUAACAUUGUAUGAUAUGUUCUGUCACUAACUAGCGGUUAUGCCAAAACAGAUGAAUAGCAAAAAANAAAAAAACAAAAAAAAAAGAAAAAAAAAAGAAAAAAAAAAGAAAAGAACCGGGUGAGACACGUAGUGGUGUUUGAUCGUCGGGAAUUAUUUGUGAUCGUUGAAGACUUUAAAAGCAAAAGGCAAUUUUAAUUUCUUUUCUUCGAGUACGAUUUAAAUCUAGCAUUUUAAGUAAUUAUUAUUAUUAUUAUUAUGUUGACUGAUUAGUGAUUAAAAGGUAAUCGUAUAUCGAUAGAACCCGCCCCGAGUGUGCUUAAAGUUUGAAAACAAACAAAAAUCAAAAAAAAAAAAAAAAAAAGAAAAAGAGAAAAAAAAGGGAAGGAAGAUAAUCUGAUUUCGUUAAUAUUUUUUCCGUGAGUAUUAACUUUCAUGUUUCAGUGUAAUGAAGGGAAGCGAGUAGAAUUUACUUCUUUCUUCGUAAGUUAAGUAACAUAGUAAUUAAAAAAUUAACACUUUUUUUCUUCAUUUCAUUUGGAUCAAGGAUCACUUCUGUGUUCUCUAGAAAAUUACUUGCGCGUAUCUUCCACAUCUAGAUGAUUCUUUUAUUAGCGUUUGAAAGAAAUUUGACACUCUCAUUUCGAUUAUUUAUUAUUGCUUCCAUGUUAAAUGUUCUGUAUAAACAUUGCUGAUUAUUCUUAAUAUUCCUCUUACUCUCAUUGCCAUCGCUUUGCGGCUGAUUUGAUUACAAUUGUGUUAACGAAACGCGCUGAGCAUCAUGUACAUAGAUAUAUAAUUUUUCCAUUUCGCUCUGCAGUUUUUGUUUCUUCAUCUGGUUGUAUCCUUCUUUACUCUCGUUAAGUCGUCAUCUCUACACACUAGAUACUUUAGUUUUCAGUAUUCCAAACUAUCGACAGCAUGUUUCAAGGUACGUUGUAGGAAUGUUAGAUUGUUUAUUCUCGAUGAAUGGAAAAAAAAAAGAAAAAAGAAAAAGAAUCAGAGAAGAAACAGAGAACCAGUAUUUUUAAGAUGGUAACUCUAUGCAGAUUAUUAUUAUCGUCGAAGGACACAUGUUCGAACGAAACAAAUGGGUAUUAAAGAAAAUUAAAAAAAAAAAAGAAAAAAAUUAUUUCAGAUGCAUAAUAUACUUAUUAACGAGGUUGUGUGUAAGAAGAAAGAAUCUCAGUCGUUGAGAGAUUUUAAUCUUGCGAUAAAAUAGAUGGAAUAUAUAUAUAUAUAUAUAUAUACGUAUGUAUUAAACAUUGAUUUACAGGAUACCAAAUCGUUAAAAUGCAAUUACACUUGUUACUGGAUAAUAAGGAGAAGAAAGUCCUCGGAUGAUUGUCAUUUCUAAGAACGUACUAUUUCACUUUCAGAUGUUUUUGUCGCAUUUCAUUACGUUUUGUCAACUCGAUUCUCAGGUAAUCACGUUAAUACAUUAAUUAAUCGAUAUGAAGCAAUACGCAAGCAUUUAGUUCUACUUAAACACGUGCUUCGACAACUUGCAUCGUAUUUCAUUUUUGUUUGUACUUUGUGAAACGUUUAUUCUCCUCGAGUAUCUUUCAAAGAGAGUCGUUCCUUGGAUUAAGUACUACAUGAUACUUCUGCUAAGUUGUGCAAUAUAAAUAAAAUGUAGCUCGGAUAAUAAAUGAGAAGUUUAGAAAGUAUCAGAAACGAUUUGAAUACCGACGUGUAUAGAAGAUAAGUAUUUAAGAAUAUUUACGAAGAGUACAUUAAAAUGGAAAUAAUACACUAUUUGAAAAAAAAGCGAAAAAAAACGUAAAAAAAAAUAUAUAUAUAUAAAUAUAUAAAUAAAAUGAAAAGUACAUUAGACCGCACCGUAUCAUUCAGAAUAAACUUAUUAUAUAUAGUUCCAGAGGUGAACAAUCGUAAAACGGUCGUGAAACGGUAUUAUCUGAAAGUGAAAUAAAAUCGACUUCAUUGUUAGAUAAUUAAAUAUAAAUGAAGUAGAAAAGGGAAGGACUAGCGAAUUUGUUUAUAUGAAUAUUUGUAAUUUAUGUUUGUUAAAGAAAUUGUUAUUUAAGCGACGAGGAUGAAUCAUUGUGAACUUUUUUCUAUAUAUCCGUGAGAAUUUUAAUCGAUUUAUUACAUAGGCGAAUUAUCAUUGUGAAUUGUUAAAUGGAAGAACGAAAGGAAAGAAAAGGAAAAAGAACAGUGUACCGUGGGCAUAUUUGAUGAAGUUGUUGUAACGGUACGAAUCGCUUUGAAUCAAGCAUUUAGAUAAUCCUUAACGGAGGUGACGUGAUUUGAGCGAAGCCGACUUGAAAACGGCGAUUUUUUCUUCCCUUCCCGCGCCAUUGACCUCUUUCUUCCUCUAUUACUCCCUUCCGUUAUAAGUUUAAUUGUAAAAGAAGCGGUUGUGAUCCCCCGGUAUUGCGUUUUUUGUCAGAGACUCGUAAAUUAUACACACACAGAUAUAUUAUAUUUGUAAAUGGCCGAUCGGCCGGGAUCCGACGAUAAUCCAUCAAAUAUACGAGAGAAUAUAAAGUGUAAUACUAAAUACUAAGUUGUUUGAAGUUGUAGAUUCGGCUAUUCUCUGUUGUUACGUCGAUCGAAUCCCGGCAAACUAGGCCAACGCAAUGGACAUCCUAAAGAUGUAAAACUUUCAGAUAAUAAACAUGCAUAUUGUUGUACAAA